UGCUUCUCUUUCCUCAUUGUUUACUUUCACUUCUCUGUCUCUGGUCAAUUGUUUUUGUUUCUUUUUUUUAACUGUGAUUUAAAUUUUUUUAAUUGUUUCAUAUUUUUCUUCUUUAUUAUCUCUUUAUGGGUUCUUCAAGUGGUGUGGCUCGAGGACAAUUAAGGCCACAAUUUGCUGGUCGUAAUCCUCCUUUUCUUGUUGCUGGUCUUUUCAUUGCUUUGGGUCUUCUUGGUGUCAGUUAUUUUUCACUUUCUUCACAAUAUAAUUCCUUACACAAUCAAUUAGAAAAUGUGAUUAAAAAUGAGGAACGAGGUAGAGGUGCUUAUCAAGAGAAAAAUAAAGAAUAUGAAGUUCUACAGAAAUUGGUUGAACAAUUAAGGGAAAGAUUGGAUAGAAAAACAAAUGAGUUGAAAAUAAAGCAAAGUGAUUUGGAGAAGAUCAGAAAAUCUCAGCAAUUGACUGAAACCAAUAUCGCCGCUGAGAAGAGCAGACUUGAGAUUGAAAACAAAGGUUUAUCUGAGAAAACUAGUCAACUUCAGAAAUCUAUUGAUGUCUUGACCGAAGAGAAUAUUAAAUUAAAAAGUCAAUUAGUGGGAUCGGAUAAACAAAUUAAAGAAAAGGAAAGCAAAAUUGAACAAUUAAAUGUGAAAAUUAACGAGCUUUCUGGUAAAUUGUCACCAGAUAAACAACAAGAUGGUCAAGAGAUCAAAAAUAUUGGUGAAGAUAAAGAUGCUGGUGAAUUGAAGACUGAAGAAGCUGGUGAUCUUGGAAUGGCUGAUGGAGAUGCACCGAAUGCCCCAGGGGAGAUUUCCAAUAAAGUGAUCGAUGGUCCAGUUGAUGGUCAACGUGUAAAGGAAGAUGUACCUGUGAAUAUCGAUACAAAUAACGUUAAUCCAGAAAAUCAUGCGAAAUCCUCAUUAUCCAAAUUACCGAAGCCUUUGGGUGAUGGCGAAGGAACUAAUCUUUCAUAAAGAAUAAAUUAAUUAAUUGAUAAAAGGACAAAAAUUUUGACGGAAAUUUGCAUUUAUUUGGUUAUUAAGAUGAUUCCUGGUGUAAUAUUGACCUCGCAAUUUGAACAAAGACACUUACUUAACUCAAGAUGACCAUUUGACUUGACCAAGAUUAUCAACUACAAAUUAAUCAUUACCCGUGAACAAUAAUUCUCAUUUACCAUUAAAUUCUGGUCUAAUCUACAUAAAUUUAAAAGAAACUCAUUUUCUUGUUAAAUUAAGUGACUCUUGACAAUUAUAAACCUCAACAACUAUCACCACAUGGAAACAAUUAGCAAACCAGAAAAAAAAAUCAACCAAGAAGGAGAAUCACAAUUCAUACUUAAUUGCUUCUUAAAUUCCACAGAAUAAACUAUACUUUACAUCAUCAAUUUUACAAACAGAUUAACGACUUUUAUGUUUUCAAUCAAGUAUUAAUUAUAAUAAGUAAUUAGUAUUAGAUGUAAGUUUCAAUCAAUAAAUCAUUUGAUUAAGUUAACACAAUGAGAAAAGAAAUCGCUUCAUCAAUGACUUUGAUUUAAAUUCAAUCAAUCUUCUUUUGUGAGCUCUAUUUCUAAUUAGUUAUCAUGACAAUUUAAUUGUUCUAAUUAAUGAUUAUUGUAAAUGCUUAGAAGGUGAAACUGAUUAAAUUGAUGAGAAUAGAAGAUUAGAUUCAAAGUUGGCGGUUCUCUUUUUUUCCAAAAUCCCGGUUAAUACAAAGAGCAAGUGGUUUUCUUCAUCCCAAUGAGUCUCAAUGAUUUUGGCAAUUUGAUUAAUUGUUUUUGUUCAUUUAGUAUUCUAAUUGAUUUAAUUUUGAAUUUUCUAUUAACGUGAUUAACUGUAGACCAAGAUGAAUGCGCCUCCAGCAUUUGAAUCUUUUCUUCUUUUUGAAGGAGAAAAA